AUGGCCCCAAACCCAGUCAAGUACGGAUACCUCACUCGCGAGUAUGCAGACAGACAUAUGGGCGCAUUCCGCUUGAACCGACCCCCGAUGCUGGAGCGAGUCGCCCUCGCCGUCCACCAGGGCAACCACUGCUUUGCCAUCAUCGGAAAGCGAGCCGCCAUCAUGAAGUGGUUGAGCGAGGAACAGCCCGACAUGAAGGUUGAAGUCACCGAGACUUACCCCUGGAGAAAGGAAUCCCCCUACAGCGGUCUCGUCAAGGUCACCGUCCACUCUGUCCAUGUCGGCUUCCGCUUCUUUUACCUCAUGUUUGGUAAAAAGAUGACAAGCAAACUCAUGGUCGAGUUCUCGCCCUGGGAUGGCAAGCCGAGACCUGGCGAGCCCAUGCCUCUCGAGCGCGAUGACAUCGAUGCCAUCCCCCUCACCGGCGAGGCUAUCCUCGUCCGCUCCGAUUCAACCAUGGCCCAAGUCGCGGAAAAGCUGGCGAUAAAGCGCAAGGUGAUGGACGAGGCUGGAGGGAUCAAGGUGAUGGGUGUCCGACUGGAGCGCGCUUCGACGUUCUCGUCUGUCCAUAACAAGUCUUCCAAGUCGGACCACAACCUGAUCCGCACCGAGAGCUCGACUGCGUCUGGGACUGAAACGGAUGCCGAGAAAAAGAAGCGACGCGCCUCGUCCUUUUCCAUCAUAAAACGGCUCAGCAUGUCAACAUAA